AUGUUGAAAAUCGGCGGAGGCGCCGUCAUAACGGCAGCGAUCGUGGCAGUGUUCAUCGCAGCCACGCAGGGUCGUGACCCUGACCUCGAGGCCUUGGAACACGAGGGUCGGGAUUACAUCAUGCAGCUGGACCGUAUGGCAGGCAUCAGGAAGAACCGGGCCAGUAUUGCUGAGUGGGCGUAUACGUCAAAUAUAACUAAGGAGAAUGAGGAAGCGCGGAUUCAAAUCCAAUUAGAACUGUCAAAACAAGAGAAGCAAGCUUGGGAGGAAACUAAGAUGUACAGAUGGCAAGACUUCCAGGACUUCUCGCUGAGGAGAAUGUUCAAGAAGUACAGUCAAUUAGGUGUGUCCGCAUUGCCGGAUGACAAAUACAAGCUGCUCAUGCAAUCCGUAUCCGGUAUGGAAUCCAAUUACGCGACAUCGAAGAUUUGUUCUUACAAGGACUCCGCGAAGUGCGAUUUAGCUUUGGAACCCGAUAUCACAGAGCUCUUUGCGAAGAGUCAAGACCCAGAAGAAUUGAAACAUCUGUGGGUGGAGUGGCACAAGGCGGCCGGCGCUAGGGCGCGUGCAAACUUCACGCAAUACGUACAGCUCGAUAAUGAAGCCGCUAAACUUAACAACUUCAAAGAUGUAGCCGAAUGGUGGCAGUCGGAAUAUGAAGUGCCCGAUUUCGAGCAGCAGCUGGCAAAGCUUUGGGAGGAUGUGAAGCCGCUGUAUCAACAGCUUCACGCUUACGUGAGAAGACGGUUGCGAGACAAGUAUGGAGACCAAGUCGUUUCAGCGAGGGGUCCUAUUCCUGCACAUUUAUUAGGAAAUAUGUGGGCACAGACUUGGAACAAUAUAGAAUCAUUCACGCGUCCCUAUCCUGAUAAGAAGGAGGUGGACAUCACGCAGGCGAUGCGAGAGCAAAACUACACGGCCCUAAAGAUGUUCCGAAUGUCCGAUGAGUUUUUCAGAUCCUUGAACCUGACUGCGAUGCCGGAGAAGUUUUGGAAAAACUCAAUCAUAGAGAAACCCACUGAUAGGGAAAUUGUGUGCCACGCGUCAGCGUGGGACUUCUAUGAUGGGGAGGACUUUAGGAUCAAACAGUGCACGACUGUAGAUUACGAAUAUUUCCAAACGACUCACCACGAAAUGGGACACAUUCAGUACUUCCUCCAGUACAAACACCAGCCUGUUAUAUUCCGGGACGGCGCUAAUCCAGGUUUCCACGAGGCUGUUGGCGAUACGAUCGCCUUGUCGGUGUCUUCGCCGAAACACCUGCGUCGCGUCGGUCUCGUACAGGGCGACGCUGAGGAUGAGCAGACUGAAAUCAAUCAGUUGUACAAAAUGGGUAUAGACAAAAUAGUGUUCCUUCCAUUCGCUUACACGCUGGAUCUAUUCCGUUACGGUGUGUUCCGUGGCGAGACGCAGCCUGAGGACUAUAACUGCCACUACUGGAGGCUGCGGGAGAUGCUCCAGGGCCUGGAGCCGCCUGUCAAUAGGACCGAGGAAGAUUUCGACGCUGCGGCGAAGUAUCACGUCUCAGCCGAUGUGGAGUAUGCGAGGUACUACGUGUCAUUCAUCAUACAGUUCCAAUUCCACCGCACCCUUUGCCAGCUGGCUGGUGAAUAUGUCCCGGAGGAUUUGACUAAGAAGUUGGUCGAUUGUGAUAUUUAUCAAAGCGUUGCUGCUGGAAACGCAUUAGCGAAUAUGUUAAAGAUGGGUUCAUCCAAACCUUGGCCUGAUGCGAUGGAAGCGUUAACAGGACAAAGGGCGAUGAGGGCCGAUGGGUUGUUGGAGUACUUCAGACCUCUCCACGAAUGGUUGCAGGCAGAGAACCAGCGCACUGGUGAAUACAUCGGUUGGGAGCCUAGUAAGAUACAGUACUGCACGAGCGAGCAGCGCGCCGCGCUGGAGGCGGCCGACGCGCCGCGCGACUCGUGA